AUGGUGGACCAAGGCAACGAUAGCAAAGGGGUCCCAGCAGGAAAUGCUGGCCUCUCUUCUGGGUCAGGAGCGGGCUCUCCAUCACAACCGCAAGGAGUGCGACCAAACGCUAGUGGCGCUAGACCUGCUCAAGCCAGAGGGCCUCAACCGCAGUUCUCUCAGGCUGAAUUGAACCGGAUUGUGUUGGAGUAUCUCAACAAAAAGGGGUAUCACAAAACUGAAUCGAUGUUGAGGUUGGAGAGCUCAAAUACUCCGACCCCAGCUGUGCCAGCCGUUACUCCUGCCAAUACCAAGUUGGCGGACCCCGGAGAAAUCGGUGGGUCUGCAGCAGCAACCAAGCGAGAGAAAGACUUGAAGGAUAAGUUAUCCAAGCAUGAACGUGAAAUCAGAGAUUUGAGGGACAAGCAGAACCGAGUGGAGCGUGAAUUGAGAGAGACCAGAGACAGGGAAACGAGGUUGGGCAAAGAAAAAGAAUUGAGGGAACUCAAGGACUUGGAAGAGAAGAAAAAGAGAGAGAAUGACCCAGAUAUCUAUUAUACUGCCUAUUCGAUGUUGAGAAGAUGGGUCGACACCUCGUUGGAUCUCUACAAACCAGAAUUAUCCAGGAUUUUGUACCCAAUUUUUAUCCAUUGCUUUCUCGAGUUGGUUUCCAAGAAUUACAUCCAGCAAUCAAAGAAGUUUUAUGAUAGAUUCAAAAACGACCAUCUCAUUUUACAUGGAGUUGAAGUGAAGAGUCUUGCGGGUAUAUCAUUGCCUGAACAUUUGAAGGAAAACGAAUUGGCCUUGGCAUACAGAAGAAACAAGUAUAGAAUUAUUGUUUCCAAGACUUCCAUCAAUUUGUUAUUGUACUUCUUGCACGAGAACGAAGCUGUUGGAGGAGCCAUUUUGAUCCGUAUCAUCAACCAAUACUUAAAUCCAGUUAUUUCCACCACCAAACCAGAUAAAAUAGACCAAGAGGGAGAAGCUAAUCCUGACGAAGGUAUCCCAGAAUAUGUAACCAAGACUAAUGAAAUUGAUAAAUUUAACGAACAACCUGUUAAAUUGGGUAAACUUCCAUUGGAACCUGAGAUUCAAAAAGAAAUUGAAGCUGAGUUGAAGAUCAAGGAUGAAAAAUCAUCGCCUGUGAAUGGUAAGACCCUAGUGGAAGAAUUCCAAGACAUAACAAAACCAGAGGCCGAUUCACCUGCUAGAGAAAGCUUGCCUUUGCCUAUUAAAGACUAUUCCGAUAUCAAGAGAUCCAUACUAGCAGUUGAGGAUUCGAGAUCCAAAAUAAAAUUGGGAGCUAUUCAAGCCAGCGCCCCUUCGGUGUGUAUGUACACAUUCCAUAACACAAACAACGAUAUGACAUGCAUUGAGUUUAAUGAAGAUUCGAAUAUGGUUGCUGCUGGAUUCGAAGACAGUUUCAUUAAGUUGUGGAGCUUGGAUGGCAAGCCAUUGAAGUCUAUUUUCAAGAGGGAUACCAACAACAAUAGCAACACUAGAAAGUUGAUUGGGCACAGCGGACCAGUAUAUGGCGUUUCGUUCUCGCCUGAUAACAAAUACUUAAUUUCGGGUUCCGAAGACAAAACCGUGAGAUUAUGGUCCCUUGACUCAUACACCGCCUUGGUUUCAUAUAAAGGUCACAACCAACCUAUUUGGGACGUGAAAUUCUCGCCCAUGGGGCACUAUUUUGCUACCGCAUCACAUGAUCAAACUGCAAGACUUUGGGCCACCGAUCACAUAUACCCAUUAAGGAUCUUUGCUGGACACAUCAACGACGUGGACUGUGUGGAAUUCCAUCCCAAUUCGAACUACGUCUUCACGGGGUCCUCGGAUAAGACGUGCCGGAUGUGGGACGUCCAAAGUGGUAACUGCGUGCGGAUGUUUAUGGGACACACCGGAGCAGUCAAUUGCAUGGCUGUUUCUCCGGAUGGACGCUGGUUGGCCAGUGCUGGUGAGGACAGCGUGGUGAACAUCUGGGACGCGGGCUCAGGCAGGCGUCUCAAGACAAUGAGAGGCCACGGAAGAUCUUCUAUCUACUCGUUGGCGUUUUCUCGCGAUGGAGGAGUUUUGGUCAGCGGAGGCGCCGAUAACACGGUGAGAGUGUGGGACGUCAAGAGGCACACCAACGAUGCAGGACCCCAGCCGGAAGCAUUUGCUUCCAGCGAGGGCAGCGGCGCCAACGGAAGUACGAGCGGUGCCACAGGAAGCAAUGAAAAUGGAAAUGCCGCAAAUGGGCCCAAUUCUGGUGAAACCAGACCCAAGGCCAGUGAUAAGGCCAAAAAGGAGAUUGUGGCGACCAGCGACCACAUGACGGCGUAUUUCACCAAAAAGACCCCCGUCUACAACGUCCACUUCACCCGCAGAAACCUCUGCCUCGCGGGAGGCGCGUUCUCUGGGUAG